GGCUGCUGGUAGUCAACUAGUUAUGGAUCCAAAUCAGAUGUGCAAAAGGGCACGAAGGUCUCGAGGGAAAAUGGCAGACAUUUGUAACAAUAAACAUGGACUGUUAAAACAGAUUGCAAAUGGUAUUGCCCUAGGACAAAACGAAUGUCAAUAUCAAUUUAGGUAUAGAAGAUGGAACUGCACUUCGUCGAAAAGAAGUAUAAAAAAAGUUAUGUUAAGAGAUACAAGAGAGACUGGUUUCGUGAAUGCGAUUAUAGCUGCCGGGAUAACCUUCCAGGUUACAAGGGCGUGCACGAAAGGAGAGCAGAUUGGUUGUUCCUGUGAUAAAAGAAAAAAGAGAAAGCAGAAGAAAAAAGGCCCACCACUACCAGAAGGCGAAUGGGAAUGGGAUGGUUGCGGCGAAAAUAUAGAAUUCGGUAUCAAGAAAUCGAAGGACUUCUUAGAUACGAGAUAUAAGAAGAGAAGUGAUAUGAAAACCUUAGUGAAAUUACAUAAUUAUGUUGCCGGAAGGCUG